CCGCGGCCCUUUUAAGCGGCGGCCGCCGGCGCGGCGCAGCGCACGGCCAUGCUGCGGGGCCGCUGGCUGCUGCCCGGCGCCUCGCUGGCCCUGGGCGCGGGGCUGGGGGCGGCCCUCACCGCCCGCCGCCGGCCCCGGGGCGAUGCGGCGGAGGGGCUGCUGGCCCGCCUGCCCGUGGUGCCCGCCGUGGCGGCCGCCGGUCCGCCGGCGCUGCCGGGCUCCAGCGAGCUGACCAAGUACGGGCUGCCCGGGCUGGCGCAGCUGCGGAGCCGCGAGUCCUACGUGCUGUGCUACGACCCGCGGAGCCGCAGCGCCCUGUGGGUCAUCGAGCAGCUCAACCGGGAGACCCUCAGCGGCACCUCCGACCGCGCCGCCUGCGACUUCCUGGAGGACGAUUCGGUUCACGAGUACCACCGAGCCACCAACGCCGACUACCGCGGCAGCGGCUUCGACCGCGGGCACCUGGCCGCCGCCGCCAACCACAAGUGGAGCCAGAAGGCCAUGAGGGACACCUUCUACCUCAGCAACGUGGCCCCGCAGGUUCCUCAUUUAAACCAGAAUGCCUGGAAUAACCUUGAGAAGUACAGCAGAAGCCUGGCAAGGAACAACAAGAACGUCUAUGUCUGCACAGGACCCCUCUACCUGCCCAGGAUGGAGGCCGAUGGGAAGAUGUACGUCAAGUACCAGGUGAUUGGGAAGAACAACGUGGCCGUCCCCACCCAUUUCUUCAAGGUGCUCAUCCUGGAAAAGGAGAGCGGGGAGAUCGAGUUGCGCUCUUAUGUGAUGCCCAACAGCCCUGUGGAUGAGAAAAUCCCGCUGGAGCGGUUCCUGGUUCCCAUCGAGAGCAUUGAGCGAGCCUCGGGGCUCCUCUUUGUCCCAAACAUCUUGAAGAGAACAAGUAACUUGAAAGCCAUCACAGCUGGAAGCAAGCGUUGAACUCUGACGAGACAAAUCCAGGUAUCCUCUGGAUUCAGGGACUGUCAGCAGUCGCCUGCUGAAUUGGGCAAUUUUAAUGUGGGAAAUAAGAAUCAAACCAAUGCUCUUUACCCUUCCCCUCACUUCACAUGACAGUGAAACACGCACACGCAAGUCCCAAGGGCAGGCCCUGCAGAAGGCUCCCAGGUACUGAACAUUGUAGCAGGUCUCUAGAAUUUGCCCUAAUCUGCAGUAGAGGUGCUCAUGUAAUUGCCCCCUUGGAGUUGUGUGUGGCUCAUUAAAACACAAAGGGAAGUCACUUAAUUGCUGCCUUUUAGCAGGAAAGGACAGGAGCAAGAUGGGUGCAGCGGGGAGGAGAGGAGAGGUUCCUGCCUUUGUGUGGCCAAAGGAUUGUAUGAUUGUUUUCUUUCAAAAGAUGAUUUUAGCAGUAAAGCUUUGAACACCCACA